AUGCCGUCCACACCCGCGGCCUUGACGCCGGGUUUAUCGUCUUUCCUGAAGUCGCUGAAGACGAACCCGAUCGACACAUCCAUUGACAAUCUAAUCUCGCUGCUUAAACGAAGACAGAUUCGACACUCCAGAUCAUGCGCUACGGCGACUGCCUACCUUCUGCUCCGGGUCGUCUCGGCCUGUAGGACAUCAGAUGCAGCGAAGCUGAUCGAGCGGGUUCAGAGUGUGGGAAGGCGAUUGUUGGCUGCACAACCAAGAGAGAUGGUAGUAGGGAAUAUCGUGAGACGUGUGCUUGGUUUGAUCCGAGACGAGGCCGAGGACGACAGAGAAGCCGACUUUACACUGAGUGAGACCGAAAGCCAGCCUCAAACUCCCCGUGCCAUGGAUGACCCGUCGGAAGCCAUGUUGAGCCGUCACGACGGCUCCGAUCGAUCGUCUUCCCGACCUACGGCAUCCUUAUCUGCGCCGAUUUCCAUGUUCAGCCUUCUUUCACAUCCGGAACCCGAGCCAUCACUGCCUGGUACGCCGGCAUCGGCGUCCCCCUCGGGCAAGCUCCUGGGCAAUCCCCCCAACAAAGACGUUCGUGCCGAGGUUCUCGAAGGGAUCAACGAGAUUAUCGAUGAACUGGGCCAGGUGGAUGACCAGAUUGCCGCCUACGCCCUCGACCAUAUCCACUCCAAUGAGAUCAUCCUCACCCAUACCUCGUCGACCACCGUCCAGAAAUUCCUGCUGAAAGCGGCUGCGAAGCGCAAGUUUACGGUCAUCCAUGCCGAAUCUUACCCCAACAACCAUGAAGCGACCCAUGCUACGGUCAGCGGCACCGCUCCCAAUGACGAAGAAAUCCUGAGCUCCGAAUCAUUUCAAAAGCCCCUGAUCGCAUUGGGCAUCACGGUCAUUUUGAUUCCCGAUUCCGCUGUCUUCGCUCUGAUGUCCCGGGUGAACAAGGUGAUUCUGGGAACUCACUCGGUUCUUGCCAACGGUGGUCUGGUCGCCGCCGCGGGCACUCGGGUGAUUGCGCGCGCAGCCAAGGUGCAUCAAACUCCCGUCGUGGUGGUCAGCGGGGUAUACAAGCUCAGCCCCGUGUAUCCAUUCGACUUCGAAUCGUUGAUCGAGUACGGCGACUCCAGUAAGGUCCUCGGGUAUGAAGAUGGGGAUUUGGUCGAUCAGAUCGAUGUCCAAAACCCCCUAUACGAUUAUGUCCCGGCGGAGCUAGUAGAUCUCUACAUUACCAACCUAGGAGGACAUGCACCAUCCUAUCUGUAUCGUAUUGUGUCAGAUCACUACCGCAAGGAGGAUAUCAGCUUUUAG